CAUUUUUUUCCGUCUUCAAAGUAAAGUAAAAUGUCAGCUACGUUAGCGACAUACCACGGUGGGGAUGGUGAUGGCAGGGAUCCCCCUGAUCCUUCUAGGGUACCGUCGUCUUGCGAAGCAGUUCCACCUCCGGUCAGAAAGGGUCGUGGGGUUGCCGCAAACGCUAAUCUCGAAAAAAAAAGGAGAGAUGCUGGUAAGCCCUUGCCGGUGGAGGUAGAUCUUGAAACAGGCAAAGUUGUUGGCGCUGAAGCAAGCAAUUAUGUUCGAUUUCUUGGCCAACAAGUAAGCAUGUUGUGCCCGGGUGGUCAUCUAAAUUUUUCUGAUGUACCCCAACAAUACAAGGAUCAAGUGCUCAAUCGAAUUAGAUACUACUUUGAUAUCGAUGGGAAUCCCCAUCGAGACCUACUUAUGGGGACUUUAUAUUCGGUGAUGGCGGAGCGGUAUAGUGAGCGAAAGACACUCAGACACAAGCAUUUCAAACAACAUUACAAAAAACCAGAAGAUUGGGACACAGUUCUCAAAUUCCCCCCUGACUACUUGAAUACCGAGACUUGGAAACCGGUUUGCGAAUUGUUCGUUAGCGAGGCAUUUUUGAAUCGUUCAACUAAAAAUAAAUCGAAUCGGCAACUAAUGAAAUAUCCAACAACGCAAGGCACAAAAUCGUUGGCGUCCAUACGCCACGGAAUGGGGGGUCCUCCUGGAGAGCAUGUAGUUGAAGCAUGGAAGGAGAUCCAUGUGAAAAAACCGUCUGGAACUUUCGUUAAUGAAUUAGCUGCAAAAGAUUAUGAGGAACUGAUCAAGGAGCUUGAUAGGAAGCGACUGGAACGACAAUCCCAGAGCGAUGCGGGACCGAAUCCGAAUACCGAUGCGGUUAUCAGUUUGACGUUAUGGAAACAGUUCUAG